GUUUGUUUUUUUUUUAAUUUCAGAUUUGUGCCACGGGGGACUCGACCUUGGGGAAGCCUGCGUGUGCUUCACUGGCGCUAUGUCCGUCCCCAUGUCCUGAAAGCUGACUUCUCGUAAACCACUAGUAAACCACUACUUUUCUUCCUUUUUUCAUUUACCCCGCUCAGCAAAUCAAUUGCUCUCUCUCUCUCUCUCUCUCUCUCUCUCUUCUGGAACUCUCCAUUUCCGCAGCCUAGGUUUCUCCGUCUGAAAAUGAAGGCGUCGCUGUUCAGAAUCGGCGAAGCGGCUCUGAGGAGAGCAGCUUCUGCUCCGCCUUCGAAUCAUCUUCUCCGAUGUUACUCCUCCAGCGCCCACCCCGAACGCAAGGUCGCUGUCUUGGGUGCCGCCGGCGGCAUCGGCCAGCCCCUGGCCUUACUCAUGAAGCUUAACCCCCUCGUCUCCAAGCUCACCCUCUACGAUAUCGCCGGUACUCCCGGCGUUGCCGCCGACGUCAGCCACAUCAACACUCGCUCCGAGGUUGCUGGGUACAUGGGUGAAGAACAGCUAGGGCAAGCCUUGGAGGGAUCUGACGUUGUGAUUAUUCCAGCUGGUGUUCCUAGAAAGCCUGGAAUGACUCGUGAUGACCUCUUCAACAUCAAUGCUGGAAUUGUGAAAUCGCUGUGCACGGCCAUUGCUAAGUACUGCCCUCAUGCGCUCGUUAAUAUGAUAAGCAACCCAGUGAAUUCUACUGUGCCAAUCGCUUCAGAGGUUUUCAAGAAGGCAGGAACCUAUGAUGAGAAGAAGCUGUUUGGUGUAACCAUGCUUGAUGUGGUCAGGGCUAAAACUUUCUAUGCUGGGAAGGCAAAGGUUCCGGUGGACGGUGUUAAUGUACCAGUAGUUGGUGGCCAUGCUGGCAUAACCAUUCUUCCCCUCUUUUCUCAAGCCACCCCAAAAUCAAAUUUGUCGGAUGAAGAGAUCAAGGCUCUUACUAAGCGAACACAGGAUGGAGGGACAGAGGUUGUGGAAGCAAAGGCUGGAAAAGGAUCUGCAACACUAUCAAUGGCUUAUGCGGGAGCCAUUUUUGCUGAUGCUUGCUUGAAGGGUCUGAAUGGAGUUCCAGAUGUUGUUGAAUGCUCAUUUGUCCAAUCAAGCAUCACUGAAUUACCCUUCUUUGCCUCAAAGGUAAGGCUGGGAAAGAAUGGUGUGGAGGAAGUCCUUGGGUUAGGUCCUCUGUCAGACUAUGAGAAAGAAGGUCUGGAAGGUCUCAAACCAGAGCUCAAAGCCUCCAUUGAGAAGGGAAUUAAGUUUGCCAACCAAAGCUAGGUGGAAAAAUGAAUUUGGGCGUGGGGUUCCUCACCGUCCAGCUCUUUUUGCUAUAAACAGCACCUCAGUUUUUCUCUGUAUGAUUUUGAGUUAUUGCUCGAGUUAUUAUUUUUUGUUACUGUAGGAGCAGAUGCUGCACUGGCCAACAUGCCUCAGAACUUGUUUUCAUUGACACAGAGAGAUGCCAUGAAUAAGUUUCAGUACCUACCUACCAUUGGGGUGGUUUUUGUAAUAAGCCCACUGCUUAUAGUUUCUACUGAGCCAUUGUUGUUGGUUUCUCCUUAAUAUGCAAUAUCAUCUUUUUUGUCCUAGGCAAAA